AAAAAAGCGAGCGGCUUCAAGAAUCAGCUACUCUUCACACACACACACACACACACACACACACUCUUGAACCAGUUCUCUCAAUAAGCGAGCUCAUCCUCAUCAGCAAUAAUGGACGUUCCGAAAGACCAGAUGAGCACUCUAUUGGACCACGGCUUGUUCCCUUCUGCUCAAAUGCUUGGAUGUUUUCUUGUUUCGUCGUCUUCUGUAAGUAUUGAAACAAGUCCACACCUCAAGGCUGAAAAUUUGGUGCUUCUCGGCGAUGCUUUGUUUCGAGAGAAAGAGUACAAGAGAGCUAUUCACGCGUACAAACAAGCAUUGCACUGCCACAGAAUAAUUCCUAAGCAAAAUGCAACACCCAUUAGAAGUGCACUGUCUGCAUCAACCAGGUCAUCAUCGCCAAAUUCUUUCAACAUUUCAGCAAUUAAUGAGAAUGAGGUGAAGUUCAAGAUUGCAUCAUCACAUUGUGCACUCAAUGAGAAUAGAGCAGCUCUUCUCGAGAUGGAAGGAAUCCCAAGCAAAGCAAGAAAUUUGCAGAUGAAUCUCAUGAUGGGAAAACUUUAUCGAAGUUCUAGACAUACUCGUGCAGCCGUUACAUGCUAUAAAGAGUGUUUAAGGCAUUGCCCUUACAUCAUUGAGGCUAUCAUAGCUUUGGCGGAGUUGGGUGUGGCAGCUAAGGACAUUAUUUCAUUGUUUCCACAGACCCCAACUCGAGGUGCAAGGUCUACUUUUGAUCAUUUUGAUUCAAGUCGUUGGUUACAGCGUUAUGUUGAAGCCCAAUGUUGCAUUGCUUCAAAUGAUUAUAAAGGUGGUCUGGAAAUUUUUGCUGAGCUUCUGCGACGAUUCCCUUGUAACAUACAUAUACUGCUUGAAAUGGCUAAGGUUGAAGCCAUCAUUGGAAAAACUGAAGAAGCUAUAACAGAUUUUGAGAAAGGUAAAACGAGUGUUCGAUCCACUGAUCCGUAUGUUAUAACUUAUAUGGACGAGUAUGCUAUGCUCUUAAAGCAGAAAUCUGAUUAUUCGAAGUUGAAUAAAUUAGUACAUGAUCUACUAAACAUAGACCCGACCAGGCCUGAGGUUUUUGUGGCCUUGUCUGUCUUAUGGGAAAGGAAAGACGAGAGAGGGGCUUUAUCUUAUGCUGAGAAGAGCAUCCGCAUUGAUGAGAGACAUAUACCAGGUUAUAUAAUGAAGGGAAAUUUAUUCUUCUCGAUGAAUCGACCUGAAGCUGCUGUGGUUGCCUUUAGAGGUGCUCAAGAGUUGAGACCUGAUCUUCGUUCUUAUCAAGGUUUAGUACGCUCUUAUUUAGCAAUUUCAAAGAUCAAGGAGGCACUGCAUGCUGCAAGGGAGGCAAUGAAGGCCAUGCCACAGUCAGCAAAAGCUCUAAAAUUGGUGGGUGAUGUACAUGCUAGUAAUACUAGUGGGAGGGAAAAGGCAAAGAAGUUCUAUGAAUCUUCACUAAGGCUGGAACCUGGUUAUCUUGGAGCAGCGCUAGCCUUGGCAGAACUGCAUGUCAUUGAAGGUCGAACUGUAGAUGCUGUUACUCUCCUUGAGCGGUAUCUCAAGGAUUGGGCUGAUGACUCGUUGCAUGUUAAGCUUGCCCAAGUAUUUGCUGCAACAAAUAUGCCACAAGAUGCCUUGUCACACUACCAGGCAGCACUGAGGAUAAAUCCCCAAAAUGAAGCUGCAAAGAAAGGGUUGGAGCGCCUGGAGAAGCAGCUCAAGGGAGUAGAUCCUGAUGCUCCUGAAGAAGAUGAAGAGAAUGAUGUCGAGGAUGCUGAUGCAGACCAGGAAGAGGCUGAGCUUUUAUGAUGAGGAACAGAAACAUAUUUUAAGCUCUUCUCUUGCUCUGCUACAUGUUUAGGAGAACUGGUUCAGUUGGCAGGCAUCUAAUAUAAAAACAGCAGAAAUCCACUUCACCAGCAGCAGAUUCUUUGUGGCCUUUCCAAGAGCUUAAUGCGAAUUUCAAAUAAGGUACUUGUUGUGGCUACCUCGUGUUCUACACUACAAAUUCUUCGCGAGUCAAGACUGUUCAGCUACAGUCUCUCUUCCUUUCAGAUCAUAUUAUGGCUGCCCAUAUGUUGUAAUCUAUUGUAGUCCUUUUGUCCUAUCCUCGAUGUAAAUUUACCCUCUGGAAGGUUGUACCGACAAUUUUGUAGAACUCCAAAGAUUUUCAACAAAUUAUUUGAUGUAAAA